CAUAAGUAUUGGUUGAUUGCCGCCUUAAUUAUCCUAAUGAUUAAUAUUAAUAAUAUAAGUACUAAAUGAUAACGGUAGAAUCCACGGCGCGGGGCGCAGGAAAUUUAAAUGGGCCCACAGUAUCAUGGACCCCAACAUCGCCCCACUACUCUCACCGCAGGUGAUUGUAGCGAAUCUUUAUUCUCCCUGUCCGAUUUAUGCUCUUUCUCUCCAGUUUCUAUUUUGCUUCCUUCAAUCAUAAAACUCUCUUCCCCUACUAAGCCUCCCCGUUCUCGCUGUGUCUCUCUCUCUCUAUCGUCUAGAACGGAACUUUCUCUCUCCUCACCAUUAUCUUUCCGAGAACUUUUUGAAGAAGAAGAAGAAGAGGAAAAGUAGAAUCCGAAUAAGUACUUACGGAGAGUGAAACGAUGCCGGAACCGAUCCCAUCGUGUUUCCGGGGAAGUGUCGCCGGUGGUCCGCCAGCUUCGACGGCGGUCGGUCCUAGUCUAACUACCUCCAUCUACGACACGCAUCUUGGGCUAGCGUCUUUCAGCUGGUCCCGGACAGUCCUCGGUCUCUCUCUUCGCGCAGACCUCCGCCUUUCCCCGUCCUCUUCCGGCGACGAUGAUGACGAUAAUGACGAUGAGCACUUCUUCUUCCGGAUCCGCCCUUGGUUUUUUUGGAAGCGGAAGGGCACUCGCCGCUUUCACAUCCAGGACGGCCUCGGCCACCGUGCCAUCGACGUCGCCUGGGACCUCACCCGCGCCAGAUUCCAAUCUACCGGCGGCCCCGAACCCUCCUCCAAUUUCUACGUCGCAGUUGCUGUCGAUGGGGAGAUGCUCCUCGUCGCCGGCGACAUGGACGAGGAGGCUCACCGGAAGAUGAAGGCCAGGAGGCGAAAGCCGGCGAUGCCAAUCUCGAGGAGGGAGCACGUGUUGCUGAAGCUGGAUGCAGGUGCCAGCGGUCGGAGAUCGUACCGCACGGCAGCUAGGGUUUCGGGAAGGGAACGCGAAAUAGCAAUUGAGAUCGGCGGGAAGGAGAAGGAGUCGUCGGGGAUGUGCGUCACUGUUGACGGGACGAAGGUUCUCCAUGUGAGGCGACUCCGAUGGAAGUUCCGGGGAAGGGAGCGAGUCGAGGUCGACGGUUAUGGUGGCGGAAGAAUCCAGAUCUCAUGGGAUCUGCAUAGCUGGCUAUUCCCGUCGAAGGAGGACACUACCCCCACCUCAUUCGCUGGCUCCGCCGCUGGCGAGAUCGGCCAGGCCGUAUUGGUCUUCAGAUUCGAGACCGACCAGGCGGAUAAAAGAGAAGAUGCAAUUUCUCUCCAGAAGGAAAAGGUAUUCGCCGGCGGCGGAAGCGGAGGGCUGUACAGAGGCUUGAUCUCAGGCUACUUGGGGAAGAAUCAAGACUGGAGCGAAAGCAGCAGCGGCAUGGGCCAGAGACCAAAGGCCAAGAAGAAGAGCCUGUUGAAGACGAGCUCGUCGUCCUCUUCCUCCUCUGCCUCCUCGGCCGGCAGCUCAUCGGUAAUGGAUUGGGCCAGCCCGGAAGAGGCUGAGCUACGCGGCGUUGACGGUUUUACCCUCGUCCUUUACGCGUGGAAGAGUUAGCUCAUCGGCUCCGCUGAUGGCAAUUGCGGAAUUACACUUUUUUCUCAUUUCCUAUUUUCUAUUUUUAUUUUUUCCCUCGCAUAUUUUGUAUCAAUUUUUUAUUUUAAUAUUAUAGGAUUUUGGAUUUGUUUGCGUGUAA